ACAAUUGAAAAUUGACAGUGUCGUGGACGCCAUUUUGUGCUUGUUUAAUUCGUGAUUUUAAAGUGUGAUAAAUUCGCAAUUAGUGUUAGUGUUUAGUCGUAGAUGCUAAUAUCGCCUGUGAUUUAUCAGUAACUUUGUCCAAAUUGUAAAAAAUGGGUCGCAAGAAGAAGAAGAUGUCGAAACCUUGGUGCUGGUACUGCAACCGCGAGUUCGAGGACGAGAAGAUCCUCAUCCAGCACCAAAAAGCCAAACAUUUCAAAUGCCACAUAUGCCAUAAAAAGCUGUACACGGGCCCCGGUCUGUCGAUACACUGCAUGCAAGUGCACAAAGAAACGAUCGACAAAGUCCCGAACUCGUUACCCAACCGCACGAACAUCGAGAUCGAAAUCUACGGCAUGGAAGGAAUCCCCGCUGCUGAUUUGCGCGAGCACGAGCGCCAGCGCCUCGGGAGCGUCUCAGGGACGGUCUCGGGCUCCGACGACGAGGACGAGCCCGCGUCGAAGCGGGCGAAGCCCGAGGGGCUGCUCGGCAACGCCCCCGGGGUCAUGCCCGGGAUGCCCGGCAUGAUGUCGGGCAUGAUCCCCCCGCCGGGCAUGCCGCCGGGCCUGCCCAUGAUGGCCAUGGGGCCCAUGGGCCCCCAGUUCAUGCAUCCCGGUGAGUUUAGCAUGCACAUGAUGCCCCCGCACAUGGCAAUGAUGCAGACGCAAGGGGGGCCCGCCAAGCCGCUCUUUCCGAGCGCCAUUCCGACGUCCUCGCCGGGGGCUUCCAUUGUGGGGGCUGAUUUUAAGCCGAUUUCGUCGGCGACGAUCAGUGCACCCCCCACAACUAACACGCCGAGUUCGAGUGAUGGCAAUAAGGUUAAUACAAUUGCAACAACUGGGGCCACUAGUAAGAUAAUCCAUCCAGCUGAAGAUAUCUCCCUAGAGGAGAUUAGGUGUAGACAGCCGAAGUAUGCAAGGAGUAUACCGGCCAAGAGUGAGGAGUCGGCUUCCAGUUCCAGCACGGCGGCUUCAGAUUUGGCGAACGCCGUCUCCGCCGCCCAGCAAGCCGCCGCCCAGGCGAAACAAGCCGAAGCUAUAAACCAGGCGGCUAUGAUGCAGAGGUUUCCGGUGCGUGUUUCCGGUCCUCCGAUCACAAUGGCCUUGCCUGGGGGCCCGGUGAUGGCCCCCAUGCGGCCCACGAUGAUUCCAGGCCCUCCGACGCUGAUUGGAGGACAUUUGAUGCGACCACCACCCAUCAGCAUGCCCCCAGGAAUGAUCGGAGUACCUCCUGGAAUGGUUUACGGUGCUCACAUGUUUCCAGCCGGACCUAUGCUGACACCUAUGAUGCAGCCAAGGUUCAGAUGAUCUCCGAUAUACCUCGUCUAUCAUCCGCAAGUCUAAUUAUUUUUUUUUGUUUUCAUUUUAAUUUUCUUUUAAAGUUGCAUGCUUGAAGUUUGCAAUUACGAUUAUAUUGACAUUGUUUUAUUUUCGACAGGUUUAAAAAUGCCUGCCAAAACGGUAUGUAACACAUUUGAUUAUUAUUAUUAUUUCAUUGAAGUGCCACUUGAAAGGUUAGUGUAUUGGGGUAUUUGGGUCUUCGAUGUGACGUCGCAAGACGUCACAUGGGGGAUUUAAGUUUCCGCUGAAGCUUAAGGCUUAACACACACUUUAUGGCAUCUAUCAGGUUUGUACAGAAACUCCAAAUUUAUUUUUUUCUUAAUUUAUUUUAAUUUAUUUCAAAGGUAAGCCGGUUUUUUUAAUACGUUGUAUAUAAAUAAUAAUGUAAAUUUCUGUUGAGCGUUUAAAUUUUAUCGAAUUAAUUAGCUUGGCUACUGUUACGAUCAAGGUAGGUUCACUAGCCAUCACGCUAACUUUUAACUAGGUAGAUGCAUCUAAAAUAACUUGAAAAUUAUGUUAGUGUUUCUCGAGACGUCGUUGUAUAAUUUAUGUCAAGGUAUGGAAAAACAGUUUUUUCCUCACUGGUGGUGUAUGGUGUAACACGGAAAAUAUCACACGUUUGCCAGCUUUUCCAAACGUUUGAUCUUUCCCCACACACAGGGAACUUGUAGAGGCAGGCGAUUCUAAUGUCACAGCUAACGCUGUUGGAGUGUCCGACUCUCUAUUCUAUCACGUGACAUGAUUUUCGGGUCAGAAUCAUGGCACGGCCGAUAAAAUAGGUGAUCUCCGAUCACAGCGCCCUCUGUAAUUGUUUUUUUCUCUCAGCUGUUGGGUCGACAUUCCCCUGCCGACGUAUGUGGCUUGACAGGCGAUUGUUUCGGUUCGUUGCCGGGACAAUCACAGGUCUCUACGACCUGUUGGAACUGAUGAACCACAUCCAGAUUGUUGUUGAUGUGCAAUUGUUUUUUAUUUUAUAUAAAUACUAUGAGGGUGUGGUUCGAGGGACCCCUGUUUUCACUGCUGUCAAUGUACUUUAUGUAGUAGUUUAAACUAUGAUUGUAUUGUAUAAUUUGUUUUUAUAAAUAAAAGUUUAUUUGGAAAGAG